CGCGAGUCCACGUCGUCGCACGGUGAUGUUCCGAUUGCAGAAUUUUUGAGUGUGUGUUAGUUUUUGCGGGUAUUUCGUAACCUUUUAGGCUGUGUAUUCUCUCGACACGUCUCGUGCGUUUGGUGAUGUCACAUUGUGUACCAGUGCUUAUAUUUCGAAUGUGUCUAGUACGAAGCAUGGUGAUUAAGGAUCCAAUCAAAUAUUUAAUUUUAAGAUGGAAUUUCGGUAUGGUCUUCUUCUAACAGUAUUCAUAUUUGGUAUCACGAAUUGUCAACUUGACGACAUCGAAGAAAUGUUUAGCCGAAGAAAAUAUUGCGGCGAAAAUUUAUCCAGAAUAUUAUCCACAAUAUGCCAAGGCAAAUACAACACACUUAUUAAAAAGGAUUAUUACAAAAAGACCUUCGACGCAGACUACCAGUCGGACGACCCGGGCCCAGCUCCAGCCACGCAACCUUACCGACCGUCGUACGCGCUGACGCGCGAAUCGGCCAACUCGAUGCUGUCGCGCGCAGGUACGCGCAGGAAGCGCGGCGUCUACAACGAGUGCUGCGAGAAAUCGUGUUCGAGGGACGAGCUCACCAGCUACUGCGACCCGUCGGUGCGCUACACCAGAUCGAGUUUCGUCAGGCGAUAGGGAAGUGUCAUCGAAACGAUUAAAGGAACUUAAGAAAAACCGAUAAAUUACUCUGAUAACACUGUGCGACAUUUGGUUUAAAAAGAAAUGAAAAAAG